AUGGACGGGAUAGAGACGAAAUACAGACGCUGCAUCGAGUUGAUUAUGAAGAAUCGCUACUCAAAGAACGAUGAGUUUGAAAAGGCUCUGGAACUGCUCAAAAUAAGACGCAAUGCCUUUAAUAUCAUCCAUGUCAGUGGUACAAACGGCAAGUCAUCGGUAUCUCACAAGAUUUCGCAGUGCUUGAUCUCUUCCGGCAAGAUGGUUGGACUCUACACUUCUCCGCACAUUUGGGACUACAACGAGAGGAUCAAGAUCCAGGGCAAAGUGAUCAGUUACGAGGACUUUGUGCGUAUCUAUGAACGCAUUAGUGCCGUAAUAGGUGGCCUGGAACUCCACUUUUUCUCGGUAAGUUGA